AUGAGAAACAGCAGUGCUACAUAUAAGAUUGGUGCGGCUUUUCAGCUAAUCCCAAUAGUUACAACCACACUGAACAGUUCCCACUGCCGUCGCUGCUGCGUUAUCAAGGAUCAUCUGGACAAUAACUUGGUGCGCUGCGGAGUGCCCAAUCCAUUCACCGAUAAAACAGUUGAUCUUGGCAGACUUCCACUAGCAACAGCAAUCGCACGUAAAUAUGAAAAAAGUAUGCAUUUGAAUUAA